AAAAAAUGUACAUAUUGCUCGUGAUGGUGUUUUGAAAUAGCUUCUCCAAAGAAGAAAUAUGAAAAUUGCGAGCAGUCAUAUAGUAAGCAAAAUACAAUAAGAAAUUAAUAAAAACUGCCAGUCGGCGAGCAUAAAUAUGAACACAAAAGGAAACUAAUUUAGCUAGAAUCAGUAAAAAAAUUGGAAAAGAAGCUAAAGAUCGAAUAGAUGAGAACAAACAUGGAAAUCUGUCGAAUUUGCAUGAAAGAGGAAGAUGAACAUUUUAUCUCCAUAUUUUCGCAACUCAAUGAUUCAACUAUUGCGGACACAAUCUCACGAAGUUGUUACGUACAGCUCGCCGAGGACGACGGCUUGCCGGAUCAAAUAUGCGCUUCAUGUGUACAGGACGUGCAGCUGGUGGUUGCUUUCGUGUGCAGAGUCCAAGAGUCAGAUACCAAAUGGAGACACCUUAAAAACGACACACCGGAAGAGGAGUCUAAAUUUGAAGUGGUAGUAGUGAAAACGGAAUCGCUGGACGAAAGCAAGGAUAGUGCCGGCGAAGUUAGCCAGGGAGAUUUUGAUUUUGGGCUCGAUUCAUCUUCGGAAUCCAUGAAGUUGGAAAUCAUGAAACCACGGACACGAAAGACUCGAAGAAAUACGCUCGAUGAUGACUAUAUGCCCGAGUUUGGUGAGAGAGUGGUUAGGAAAAAACGCAGAUCGAGAGUUGCUGUUAGAAGUGACGAUUAUUCGGAUGAAGAGAAUGAUAACGAUAGUUUUAGUGAAAAAGAGUUACAAAUCUUCCAAACAAUCACAUUGCCCGAAACCAGUUUCGUAUGCUGUAGUUGUUAUCAAUAUUUUGAUAGCUUAGAAGAACUCGAAGCGCAUGUAGAGAUCCACAAAAGACAUAGCGUAAAGAAAACUGAUAUCAUCCAUUGUGCAGUUUGUAAACGAAAGUUUAAUAAGGCAUCUGCUUUGAAUCGUCACCUGAAGAAUGUUAAGGCUCUUAGAAAACUCUACGAAUGUAUUCGAUGUAAAGUGCGUUUCAUGAAUAGCAUUGGUAGAAGAAUGCACGCCCAAAGACAUCCUAAAAAUAUUGAGGAGAAAAUCAAGCAAGAAUACGGUGAAAUUUUAUGUUGCGUUCAGAACUGCUCAAAGCCUUUCAGUACCGAAGAAUUGCUAAUCCAGCAUGGACAUGAAGCCCAUAAAAUCAAUAAACGUGCUUAUGAGUUGGAAGAUUCAACCCUGAAACCGGUGGAGUGUCCAGUUUGCUUCAAGAGGUUUCCAUCGGAACGAUUGCUCCGUCGCCACCGGAAGCGAAACUCGAAACCACUAAUCCAUCAAUGCACUACAUGUGGGCUCAAAUUCCGAACGAAAGAUGUGCUUGCUAAUCACGAAUUGAAUCACUUCAACCAGAAACCAUUUCCGUGUGACGUUUGUCAGAAGAAUUUUUCGAGCAAAAAUUCAUUAAAGGUUCACAAAAGAAGCCAUUCCAAUGAGAAACCUUUCGUUUGUACCACGUGUGGUGCCGGAUUUUUCCAGAAGGCCCAACUAACGAUCCACGAGCAUAAACACACCAAUGCGCCACUACCCUUCCAGUGUGAAGUUUGUGAUAAAUCAUUCAAAAUGAAAAAUUACCUAGUAAAUCAUAUGCGGGGGCAUACCGGGGAGAAGCCGUACCCUUGUCGGCAUUGUCCGAUGUCUUUUUCAAACCAUACCAAUCGUCAAAGACACGAGAUGAAUCAUACGGGUAUCAAGCCGUUCAAAUGCAGCUAUUGCGAUAAGACUUUUACAAUCAAACGGUUGCAACUGGAGCAUGAAUGUAAACACACAGGUAUCAAGCCAUACAAAUGCAGUUACUGUGAAAAAACUUUCAUACGAAGGGGAUUUCAACUUGAUCACGAAAGUACCCAUACAGGCAUUAAACCAUACCGGUGCGAAAUAUGCAAUCGUACUUUCAGUCAGAGAGCAGCUCUCCGGAGACAUCUAGAGUCACAUCCAGCGGAGAGUAGAACUACUUCAGACACCGCUUCAUCAUUGGUAGCAUCUUCCCAAUUGCUAGUGGGAGAGUCCACAAUGACAUCUCCUCUCCCGCUGCAUGCUCCAGUAGAAUCCACACCCGUACUACCUGGUCCCAGUAAUAUGUUUUUCCAAAAUCCGGAAAAUCUAAGCGUAGGUUUGCACUCAACUAUAAUUCCAUAAAAAGCCCAAUCUGGCAAUUUUUGGGUCAAAAAGUAUCAACUCAGUGGCUACCGCAAAAGGUUUAGGAACUUCGAUCAAGCUUUGUGGAAAAGAUGAGAUUCCGUCUCUUCAAUCCAAGCGAGCGGAAAAUCCAUCCAAUGCAGAGCACUACGGUUCUGCAAAUUAAACGUCAUCACGCUAAAGCAUCGUGGAGCGUGCUAUCUAGAAGGUUCAUCAAAGACACUGGAUCUAGCUCUAGUUCAAGAGCCUUGAGUAGA